GUCAAAAUCCGUGACCCCGAAAAUAUUUGUUUCUUGGUUCUUGUUCUUACUCAGUUUCCUUCCCUCGUCCGCGGUUCACUUUAUUUUCAUUUGUGUUUUUCGCGUGUGCUACGAGAUCAGAUUGUUUGAGCCCGCUUCCUUUUUAUUUCAAAUUAUUCAUCCACUGAGCCCUUCCUCCUCGUUGACUUCUCUCGCCUUCCGGCUAGUUUUCACAUUUGGAGCGUUUAUUUUGUUUUUAUUUCAGCUGCCAGCUACCUGUUAACAUUCAUGAAAUCCGCCCUCUGAGCAUUAAUGUUCACGGUCCAAACAGGAAAUCGUUUUAUUAUUAAAUUUCAACAAUUAAUAUGAAUUCUCGAGAAAUCACGUUCAUAUUCCAAUUUGGCCUUAUACGAGACACUGUUACUGUCGAUACAUCGAAUUUAACUCUGAAAGUUCUCAAGGAACAUGCCUGUGAAUUUAUCAAUGCAAAGUGUCCCGAACACGGUGUUAACAGACUUAAUGAAAGGAUCCUUUUAUUCAGACAUGACUAUUCGAUCCCAAAUAUUUUACAAAUUAUCAACUGUGCUUCCGAUGUAAUUGAUGAAACUCUUGUUGAAAUUGUGCUUACAGCUCAAUGUUUAGUGGAGGAACAGCCAAUUAGACCACAUGCUCUUACUGUUCAUUCUUAUAAAACACCGACAUUUUGUGACUUCUGCGGUGAAAUGUUGUUUGGCUUGGUUCGCCAGGGGCUCAAAUGCGAAGGUUGUGGGCUGAAUUUCCAUAAAAGAUGUGUCGUACGAAUACCGAAUAAUUGUUCAAGAAGUUGUAUUGAGUCAAGAAAUAGGACCUCUUCAACAUUACAUGUUCCUCGCAGUGCUUCUGAGACAGGUUCCACUUCUUCCUUGUCAUCAGCAGCAGAUGAUUCAUUUAUGUCGAAUAAACCUGGCUCUGGAAAAACGAGCCGAUCCCCGUCUCUUAAUUCUAGAAGCACUUGGAACGACAAAGAAAAUAACGCGCAAAUUAAAAUCCCUCACACAUUUGUACUGCACAGUUACACGAGGCCGACUAUUUGCCAAAUUUGCAAAAAAUUACUCAAAGGACUGUUCAAACAAGGAGUACAAUGUAAAGAUUGCCACAUAAAUGUUCACAAAAAAUGUACUGAUAAAGUUGCCAAAGAUUGUACUGGUGAGAAUAAUCAACAAGGCGGUGAUUAUUCAGAUAGUGGAAUUAUUUCUGACAGUGGAAGGGAUGUUACUGAUGAAGAUAGCGAUAAUGAAAGAAAGUCACCCCUUUCAGAGUUAAUCACUGUCGAAAUCGGUGAUCACAAUGAAAACCCAGCUUUCCGAGAUCAAAUCGAUGGAAAUCAACAAUCUUCAUCUAGCAAUAAUAUCCCUCUAAUGAGAAUCGUUCAGUCAAUUAAGCACACCAAGCGCCGAGGUUCAAAAGUAAUUAAAGAAGGCUGGUUGGUCCAUUCUACAAACAAAGACUCUGGUAAAAAACGACACUAUUGGAGACUGGAUUCAAAGUCAAUUACUUUGUUUCAAAGCGAUACUGGAUCUAAGUAUUAUAAGGAGAUUCCUCUUGUUGAAAUAUUAGCGAUAAGUCCUGCUAAAAAGUGUGGUGAUCUUUUGCCAGAUCCUAAACAUUGUUUCGAAAUUAAAACAUCACAGGUCGACUAUUAUGUUGGUGAAGAGAUGAAUUACAGUUCUAAUGGAGACUGUGGAUCUCAUAUGGCAAAAUCAUGGGAAACUGCAAUUAGACAUGCUUUAAUGCCAGUUACUCCACCACCCUCAACAUCAGAAAAUGAGUCUGAAGAUCGUAUUACAGACAUGACUCAGCUUUAUCAGAUAUUCCCUGAUGAGGUGUUAGGCUCUGGACAGUUUGGCAUAGUCUAUGGCGGAAUUCACAGGAAAACGUCAAGGUCUGUAGCUGUUAAGGUUAUUGAUAAGCUGAGAUUUCCAACAAAACAAGAAGCUCAGUUGAAAAAUGAGGUUGCAAUUUUACAAAACCUGUCACAUCAAGGUGUUGUUAAUCUUGAGUGCAUGUUUGAAACGCCUGACAGAAUUUUUGUUAUUAUGGAGAAACUCAAAGGUGACAUGCUUGAAAUGAUUUUGUCCAGUGAACGUGCUCGACUGUCAGAAAGAAUAACUAAAUUUCUUAUAACACAAAUUUUAGUUGCAUUGAAACAUCUGCAUAGCAAAAACAUCGUUCAUUGUGAUCUCAAGCCUGAAAAUGUUUUGCUAAGUUCCAACUCUGAUUUUCCACAAGUGAAGCUUUGUGAUUUCGGCUUCGCUCGUAUAAUCGGCGAGAAAUCAUUUCGCCGUUCUGUCGUCGGUACACCGGCUUAUUUAGCGCCCGAAGUGUUGAGGAACAAAGGUUACAACCGGUCACUCGACAUGUGGAGUGUCGGUGUUAUAGUUUAUGUCUCAUUAAGUGGCACGUUUCCAUUCAAUGAAGAUGAAGACAUAAAUGACCAAAUUCAAAACGCCGCGUUCAUGUAUCCCCCACAUCCUUGGAAGGAGAUAUCGGCUGAAGCUCGAGAUCUGAUUAAUAAUUUGCUUCAAGUGAAACAAAGAAAACGAUUCACCGUAGACAAAUCCCUUUCGCAUAUUUGGCUGCAGCAUUAUGAAACGUGGUGUGAUUUAAGAACUUUAGAAAAAGCCACAGGAUGUCGAUAUCUCACUCAUGAGUCUGAUGAUGCUCGCUGGGCUACUUUCAGAGAUGAGCUGUAGUAUUAAAAAAAAAUAAUAAUGAAAUUUCCAUUAGUUUAUAUCACUAAAAUGGCUACUACAUAUGUACACACACACACACACACACACACACACAAAAUAAUUUGACUCAUAAGUUAUAUGAUCAGUCUAGAAUCAUUAAUUUUUGGAUAAUUUUUUUAAAAGAAAUUACUUGUUGAUAUUUGUUAUAAUUUUUGAUACAAUUAAAAGAACAAAUUAUGUAUUGGUUAAAAAGGGGGGUGGAAAUGUACGAACUACAUCGCUUUAAUUUUUUUUAUUUUUUGACGUACAACAGUAAACAAAAUUUAUUUUUAUUAAUCAAAAUACAAUUUGUCUGCUUACUAUUUAUUUCAAAAAUUGAUUGAUAAAAACUCAUGAAAUUAACAAGUUGACUGCAUCCUAUGCUUGACUAGUUUGGUUGCUCACAGCGGAACCCAAUUUAUAUAAAAUAGCUCUCUGAUACUUAAAAAUAAUGUAAAUUAUUUAUUUGUUGUACUGUAAAUUAUUAGUUUUUAUGUUAUGUUUAUUAGUGAUAAAAAUUAUAUGUAGUAAGAGUUGCAUCCCCCGCCGCAUUAAGUAAAUGAAGUAGAUCACCCGCAGAGCGUUUGUUCCAUUUGGGUUUGCAAUUGAAUAAAAGUCAUUUCUACUCCUUUUAAACAAUGGAUACUCAUUACAAAAUAAAAGUUGAAUAAUUUAUUUUGAAACCUUUUAGAAAGGUGAUUAUGUUAAAAAAAAAAAAAACCUAUAUUCUUGUAUACUAUUUUAAAUAUCAGGAUGUGCAUUUGGCUCGAAGGUUUGACGAUUAGGGUUCACAACUUUGACAGAAUAUUCUAAAACUAUCAAAAUCGCUGGUUUCAGCUUGUAAUGUUAUUUUCUUUUUUCCUCUCUUACAACUAAAAAGCAGGAAAGAGAGAUGAAUCUUUAAAAAAUGUUGAUUUAAAUAAAAUAUUUAACAUUGUCAGUGCAAAUGCCCAGUACAGAAUCUAAAUAUAGACAUAUCUGUAUAAAAUUUUUUUAUGGAUUAUGUUAGUUUUACAGUGAAUCCUAUGAAAUAUUGAAUACUGGUUACUUGUUAAGUAUUCAACUUUUUAUUUAUUUAUUAUUUUUUAUCAAUGUUUGAACCGUUUGCAUUGCAUUUAAAUGAACAUGGAUUAUCAAUUCGAUAAUGCAAAUUUUGUGAUAUCGACAUAGUGAACUUAGUAUUAAAAGUAUAGUUAAACGAUUAAUUAAUUAUUGACUGAAGUAUUACAGUAUGAGAGCUUUGUCUCGUACAAUAUCUUCCCAUCUGACUUGUAACAUCAUGAAAUUAAACUUCCUCUCUGUUAAACUGUGCCAAAAAUGAAGACUUGUUCAGAAUAAAAGUGGGCUUAAAAUAACAUUAUGUUCAUUAUGUGUACUGUCACGAAAUUAAAGGGAAAUAUUGUAACAAACCCUCCUUCCAGUGACAAAAAAAAUAAUAAUAAUACUCAAUGUGCAUUUAUGUAAAUUAUGUAGGGAAAAGGGAUUUGGCAGACUUCAUUUAAACUUGAUCAAAAAGUAACUGAACAGUUUUAAAGUUCAACUCGAUAAAACAUUGAUUGUGAAAUUUCUCCGCGUUAUCUGCGGGUUGAUGAACCUGAAAUUUUGGUCAUUACCGAUCCUCCUGUGGAGGCGUAUCGCUAUUUCUGCAUUUUGCCAUCUUCAUUGUGUCACAAACCAGUUAGUCUAGGUCAAAACUGUAUAAAUAGUUUGUACAAAGUGGGUUCGAAUCCCACUCGUAACACUACCUUUUUCAUUUCAACCAAGACCUUAAUAAAAUGUAUGAUUAAUAAAGAUUAGAAUUGGGUUCCUCCUGAGGUGUGCAGAGGGAUUAAUCUGUAAUUUGAGCCUUACCAAUUGGUAUGUUUUAAGUUACCAUUGACACACUGAAGAUGGUGGCUGAAAUGCACUUGACAGACCAAUUCAAUGAGGAUAAGCUGGCCAAAAUGAUCAUUAACAACCAAAUUUCAUUAUUAUUGUUGUUCAUUGUUCUGUAACUUAUUUUUUAAAUUAUAGGGUGUAAUGCGAAAGUUUUCCUUGCUCGAUCAUAUUGGUACCCCUUCAGAAUUUUUAUUAGUCCAAACUUAAGGAAUUUUCGAGCUAAACAAAAUUUCACAAGUUUGUAGUCAUUUCUGCUCUAUUACAAAAUUGAGAUGAAAGAUAGAAUUCAGUUUCAUUUUCUGUCUUCAGUUUGUCAAGUUCUUUUUAAAGUUACGGAUGACACACUGAAGAUGGUGGCUGAAACGCACCUUACAGACCCACCCAGCAAAGAUAAGCUGGUCAAAAUGAUGGUUAAGGACCAAAUUUCAUUAUUAUUGAUAUCCAUUGUUCUGUAAUUUAGUUUUUAAAUUAGGGAAUAAUUCAAAAGUCUUCCUUUACUCCAAAAUAACAGAUUUCUACGAUGAUCAGCCUCGAUCCAAACUACUUUCAAUGAUUCAUGUACUCUUAGAUUACGGGAUGUGAUUUCGCGCUUUAAUAUGUCAAGUAGUACACAUUAAUAUAGCCAAUAAACAGAGACUUUGUAAAUGAAAAAUUUAAAAUCAAAAUAAAAUUUACAUUUUCAGUUUGGAAGGGGGAGGCAAAAAAUUUGAUCCAGUAACAGUACUUUAAUCUAUUCUAUUGAGUAUUAUCACAAUAAUUACAACAAAAAGGCGUUUAUUUAUAUUGAACUAUUAAAAUACAAAACAAUGUGCAAUAUAUUAUAUGUAUGUGUAUAUGUGAAUAAAUAUAUAAUAAUUUAAUAUAAGACAAAGUUAAUAGAUUGAGAUUAUAUUUACUGUGAAUACUACAAACAAUGAAUUAGCAUAAGAAAGGUAGUUGGUAAUGUUAUUCCUAUUUGAAGAAAAAUAAGUAAUUAUAUUAUUUUUGUUUAUUUACAAAUUUGCUUUGCUGUAUUAAAAUGUCUACCAAAAUGAAUAUGUUCAUGAAAUGAUAGAUAUAUUUUUUAAAUUGACGUCAGUGUUUUAAAAUUGUGUUUUUAAUUUUAUCUAAUUGAAUGUGGUACUGUUUGUAUACAAAUUUUUCUUUGGGGUCACAAAUGAUUUUUGGUCUUUGUAGAAAAAAGUUCUAACUAGUGUUUUCAAACGUGUUAUCACCCACAAAACUGUUUAAUAUCAGCAGUUUAACAUUUGCAUACCAGGCAUGUUUUCUAAUUUUGAAUCACCCUAAAAGAAGAAAUUGUGGCCAAUCUCAUAUCCGUAAAUUCCUUGAGAUAAACUUUACCCAUUUGAUUUGUACGUCACAUCAUGUAUAAAAGGCAGACCACAAAAUCUUUUGGUUCAUUCUAUCAAACAAGUUGUAAAAUGUGUCCUGGUACUGUAUAAAUACGGUGCUUUGUAACAUUGAAAAAAUAUACAUUCAAAGUCUGAGAAUAAAAAUAACAUUGUGAUUAGUAGAUGAAAGAGGUAGAAAAAUCUACACGGUUUAAUUCAACCUUUUUUCAAAUUAUUAGGAUUUUUGUCUUUAUUUUUUCUUUUUAUUCGACAAACAUUCCAUAAUUUUCAGUAUUUUCUUGUUUUUCCUACCACCAAUUAUGGGGGGGGGGAGUAUUAAUUAAAAUGAGUUUUCAAUGAUGUUCCAAUUCUUUGUAUGGUUGUAUUUCAAGGUUGUGUAUGUCAUUUGAAAGACCAGAAACACUGGCUCUAGAGAUCAUUAAUAGGAAUGUUAUAGUAGUUAAAAAAAA